UUUUCUGUGGUUGGUCAAGAGUUUGGAACUUAAUUUUGCUUUGCUUGUUUGCGGAAACUACGUACAGGGACUCGAAGUUUUAAACUCAAAGAUGAGAAUGAGUCGUGCGAAUUUAGCCAAUUGAAAUAUGGUUGUGAAGAUUUCUAGUCAUCGUUAUCCAACGAACUAGCUAGGUGUGCUAUAUUGUACUCCCAGUUAGAGUGAGCAUUAAAAUUAAUUGUACGGCAGCUCUAGAGGAUUUGGGGGUUUUAUAUCUUUCUGAUUUCAAUAUUUUAAUGGUAAAAGAACCUCGUAAUUUUUUAAUUCAAAAGAAACACAAACAUUUCGUUUCUUUUAGUGUUGAAGUGUAGAUAAAAUGAGUGGAACAGAGAGAGCUGCUAGUAGUAUUUGGUCACUGCUAUUAGUAGUCGUGCUACUAGUACAGAUUUCAUCCAUUGAAGGAGCUAAAAAACCUCCAAGAAUCCUCGUGGAUACAGAUGUUGUUGCUGAUGAUGUCUUUGCUCUUUUGUACCUGCUCAAGUUUAACCGAUCACAGAUUGACUUAAAGGCAAUUACGAUCAGCGCAAAUAUGUGGACGGAUGCCGGGCAUGCAGUGAAUCAUGUGUAUGAUUUGCUUUACAUGAUGGAUCGUGAUGACAUUGUAGUCGGAGUAGGAGGUGAAGGUGGAAUAUUGCCAAAUGGUACAAUUCUCCCAGAUGUUGGCGGAUAUCUUCCUAUUAUCGAACAGGGCACAUCAACAUUUGGGGGUUGUAGAUACAGACAAGCUGUUCCCAGAGGGCGGCUUUUUACUGAUACAAAUUAUGGCAUUCGAAGGAGUUUCCUUCCACAGGGAUUCAGGAGAUAUUCUCCUCUUCGCCAACCUACUACGCAGCAAGUGAUGAUCGACACAAUAUCCAAGGGUCCUACUACUGUAUUCAUCAUUGGCGCCCUCACAAACUUGGCAAUUUUUCUUAUGGGUAAUCCCCAGUUGAAGAAAAAUAUUGAGCACAUUUAUGUCAUGGGUGGUGGUGUGAGGUCCAAAAGUCCAAUUGGUUGUUGCCCUAAGGAUGGCAACACUUCUUGCACGCCAGCUAUCCAGUGCGGUGUCCCUGGUAACAUAUUUUCUGGCUACAGUAGCAAUCCCUAUGCUGAGUUUAAUAUCUUUGCAGAUCCUUUUGCUGCGUACCAGGUACUCCAUUCUGGCAUUCCAGUUACCCUUGUGCCACUGGAUGCAACAAAUACUAUUCCCACAGACAAGAAUUUCUUUGAGUCGAUUGAGCGGAAUCAGCAUACAUAUGAGGCACAAUAUGUGCUCCAAUCAUUAAGAAUGGUUCGCGGUGUUUGGGCUGAUGAUCAGUUUUAUGUGAGCUAUGGCAUGUGGGAUGCAUUUACAUCUGGCGUGGCAGCAUCAAUUAUGCGCAACUUGAGUGCCAAUGGAGAGAAUGAAUUUUCUGAGAUGGAAUUUAUGAACAUAACUGUAGUUACUUCAAAUGAACCAUAUGGCAUAUCUGACGGCUCAAAUCCAUUUUUUUCUGGCAGUGCAACUCCAAAGUUUAAUUUACAGAAAAAUGGUGUACAUAGUGGUCAUGUUCAAACGGGACUACAUGAUCCUUUUUGUAUUCGCAAGAAUGAGAAAGGAAAAUGUCAGGAUGGCUAUACCAAGGAGGUCAGCGGUCCGGAUGGAGUUCAUGUUCUGGUUGCUACAAAAGCAAAACCGAAUCAGCAUAAUAAUGUUAGCUUGCUUGACAGAGAAUUCUUCGUAAGCUUUCUGGAUAUUCUCAACCUCCCUCAGCAUACAGGGAGAUUUAGCUUUACUACGGAAUUUCCUUACUACAAGGAAGUUGUUUAUAAAUCCGAUUUCGCAAAGAAAAAGUUGGGAAAACCUGUUGUUUUCGACAUGGAUAUGAGUGCUGGAGACUUCCUCUCCUUAAUCUAUCUGUUGAAAGUACCAGUGGAAGUGCUCAACUUGAAGGCAAUAUUAGCAAGUGGAACUGGAUGGGCAAAUGUUGCUACAAUAGAUAUCAUCUAUGACAUUCUACAUAUGAUGGGACGGGAUGACAUUCCAGUUGGCCUUGGAGCUGUAUUUUCCUUAGGACAGUCAAACCCAUCUUUCUCCAUUGUUGGAGAUUGCAAAUAUGUCAAGGCUAUCCCACAUGGUAGUGGUGGCCUUUUGGACUCUGAUACUCUUUACGGUUUAUCUCGCGAUCUGCCAAGAAGUCCUAGAAGGUAUACUGCAGAAAAUUCAGUGAAACAUGGUGCACCUAGAGAUACUGACCACCCUGAACUGAGACAACCAUUAGCACUAGAAGUUUGGCAAUCCAUUUUAAAAUCAGUGGAUCCAGCAUCUAAGAUCACGAUAUUGACCAAUGGACCGCUGACUAAUUUAGCGCAGAUUAUUCUUUCUGAAAAAAAGAAUUUGAAUUCAGUAAUUGAGAAUGUGUAUGUUGUUGGAGGCCACUUCAGCUAUGGCAGAGAGGACAUAGGAAACCUCUUCUCUGUUCCUUCGAACAAAUACGCAGAAUUUAACAUGUUUCUUGAUCCUACAGCUGCAAAAACCGUUCUAGAGUCGGAACUAGAUAUAACCAUAAUUCCUCUAGAUGUUCAGCGCCAAGUUUGUUCGUUUCCUGAGAUUCUCAAAAGGUUGAAGCUCACGAAAAAUACGCCUGAAGCGGUGUUUACACAUCGUUUGCUAUCCAGGUUAUGCCGUUUACAAAGAAAGCAUCAUAGAUACCAUCACAUGGGUACAUUCUUGGGAGAAAUACUUGGUGCAGUGUUCUUGGCUGGUGAUCAACAUUUGAACUCAACUUGUGUAGUUAAGCCGGUCAAAGUCUUGGCAACCGGUGAUUUGUCAAAAGAUGGACAAAUUAUCAUUGAUGAGAAACAUGGGAAACCAGUGAAGAUAGUAGAAAGUGUGGACAAUCAAAAAUAUUAUGCUGCAUUUGCCAAUCUCUUAGGUGAGAAAAUGCAAUCUGCUGUGAUUGGAAGCUUUGAUGAACAGAAGAAAAUGUGGAGCACACCAACAUGCCAGUCACUGAUCAGUGACUCUUGAAUCUCUGCACGUUAGCCCCCUAAACAAUCUAUAUUGCCUAUAUAUUGUUUACGAUACUAUUGUGUUAAAUGUAAGAGUAAUUGAAACAGUGCCUACCCGAUAAUGUAGUGGGUAACUGUCACACCUUGAACCACAAGUAUGAAUGGACUGACUAGAACCGUAUAUUGGUUGCAAAACUGCUGUAGCUAUUGUUUAUUUUCGAGCAGCCACGGAUGGAGAAAGCAACUGAUAUAGUUGAAAGGGGUUGUCACUUUACUGACUCAGAUCUUGCAGAAACCUGUUGAUUAUUUUUCUGUAAGAAUCUUCUAAGCACACACCUAAGAACCAACAUUUAGAGUGCUUGUCUCA